AUGGCCCCACCAAUGAAGACUGGUAGACGCAACCCCUCUUAUUCUUUCCUGGAUCCGAAUCUGGAUUCCCUUGGGUGUUUAGCAAAGAAGAUUACGCCGGAUGAGUCAACCAAUUUCCGAGAAAAAUAUGGGUAUAUUCUGAGCCUUCUCAAGAUGCCAUUCACCAAGUACGAGCAGGAGGGAGUUCAUACUUUGCUUCAGUUCUAUAAUCCUUCCCUUCGCUGCUUCACGUUCACCGACUACCUUUUGGUUCCAACAUUAGAAGAGUAUUCCCUGUUUCUUGGCGUUCCUAUAGGGAAAGAAGUACCGUACUAUGGCACCAUGGAAGCUCCUACUUCCUUGGAGAUUUCUAAGGCUCUUUAUUUGAGCAAGUCGGUCGUGGAAGCAAAUCUCACCAAGAAGGGAGGAUGUCUUGGUUUUCGCAUGGAGUUUCUGGUCAAAAGGGGUUGUGAUGCUGCUGAAACAAAAGAAUGGGACACAUUUAAGGCUAUCCUGACUCUAAGUAUCUAUGGUAUCAUGAUGUCACAUUUGCCUGAGCGUGAUGCUUUCGUUGAUAAUAGGCACACAUCUAAGUGGGCUGAGAGGAUUAUGGGGCUUAGGGCCAAAGAUAUUGUCUGGCACAAUAGAUCUUUAGAUAGCAUGGAAGUUAUUAUGAGUUGCGGAAAGUUCAAAAAUGUACCUCUCAUGGGUCUUAGAGGUGGAAUCAACUAUAAUCCCGUCCUGGCUAGGAGAACAUUUGGAUAUGCUUUUAUCAGUCCCCCUGAGCAGACAGAAAUUGUUGAGAAUAUUUUCUAUCAUUCAGCCACCGACAGUGGGCAGAUGGCAGAAGCUGUACAAGCUUGGAAGAGUAUUUGUUGGAGAGAUAAGAAACAUUUUGGUCAGAGAGAUUGUGCUACUUACGAGGAUUAUACUAAGUGGGUCGAAUCUGUGGUUGAUGCUCAAGGGAUGCCUUUCCCUCCUAAAGAUCCUUUGUACCCCCUGCUGAAUCGGAAGUUGACUGAACAGAUGGAAACAAUGCAUGUUAAGAUGAAUACCGCUCGGCAAGAGAAGCUUUCCGCACUCCAUAAGUUGAAAUUAAGAGAAAUAGAGCUUGAAGAAUUGUAUGCUAGAGGGAGCACUUCUCAAAAGAGGCCAAGGAUGAUUGUAGGUGCUAAAUCUACCGAAACUCAAAAGAAGCUGAAAGAACAUUAUGAGGCUCAGUUGGCAGAACUAACUGAAAAGCUCCAGAUUCAGACUGAAAAAGCCAAUUCAGAGAAGACUCGUCGUAAGAAAGCAGACAAACUCUUGUUGGAACGCCAAAGCAUCAUAGAGAAGUGUUAUGAAGAAAUCCGAAAGCUGAAGGGUCAGAUAAGAGAAAAAGAUCAAGGUAGUGCCCAAGCUCAAGAGGAAGCUACAUAUUGGGAGUUGAAGAAUCGCCACAUGGAAACAAUGCAUUUCAGAAAAGACCUGCUGAUUCAAGAAAUCAUUAAGAGGCCAACCCGUGUUGAUACCAAGAAGCUCUUUGAAGAAAUGAAGACCUGGAGUGAUAAGAACAUCGGGGAAAGCCCUCUCCAUCGUGUGGACAUGGAGGGCGCUGCUUAG